ACCUCCAAUAAUCAUCCCUCGGCUUCCAGCUCUCGUAUAAGCAUCAAGGGCUCAGAUCGAUGCCAUUGUGGGAAUCCAGGGAAGGGACAAGUCAUCUGCACGUCCAAUGCUAGCUGGAGUUCUAGCUGAGUCUUGUGAAGAGCAUUCCCUGUAAACCAGACACUGCAGAGAGCUGGGGAGGAGGAGGAGUGCUCUCAGGACCCCUGGCUUGUCCUCUCUCUCUCUCUCUCCUGCUUGGAGUGUUCUAUUCUCGCUGUGCUGAGGUUCUCUGACCCCAGGCUCAAACUCUCUGUAUCCCCGCGUUCCGUGAUACAUUGUUGCAAUCUGGAGGAAGUUUGAACGCAUUUUGAAGCAAGAAUACGGAAAGCUGUUUUUUUUUUUUUCUUUUCCCCAUUUUUUUUUAAAUUGUUUUUUUCCUUCUUCCCGGUGGGAUUUCCGUUCAUUGGGAAGCAGACUUCACGUCACAAUCCCCGCAUUAUGAGAUCCAGCCUGGAGAAGUCCUGAUCUCAGAGGGGGAAAGGCGACAGAAAGCCUGGGAGAUGCCAGAUCGAGCUUGUUUUUAUUGCAGCGUUAGAGACCUCAAUGGGGUGCUAUGGGAUCAACCCCCGGCAUGAGACUGAACUCCCCAAACUUUGCUCAUCGCCUCCCAUGCUGCAGCCGGAGGGGCUGUCUGAGCAACAGUUAGCCCAGGACACUGCACUCCAGAUAAUCUUACAACCCCCCAUCCUCGGCCCCCAGAGCCCAGCAUGAAAGUGUUUCGCAGAAAGGCGAUCAUCCUCUGUGUGGGCUACAUACUGCUGCUGGUACUUACCAUGCUAAACCUCAUGGACAAAUGGCACAAAGAGCCCCAGCAAUGUAAUGACCAAGUGCGGUACACCCCCUACCAGACCCGCUCAGAUAUCCGCUACCUGUACCGGCCCUCCCCUCCAAGGAAGAGGCAGCUGGUCUAUGUGUUCACCACCUGGAGGUCUGGAUCUUCAUUUUUUGGGGAGCUCUUCAACCAGAACCCCGAAGUAUUCUUCCUGUAUGAGCCAGUAUGGCAUGUGUGGCAGAAACUGUACCCAGGGGAUGCCAUGUCCCUGCAAGGGGCUGCCCGGGACCUCCUCAGCGCCCUCUACCGGUGUGACUUUUCUGCCCUGCAGCUCUACAACACAGCUGGUGCGAAGAACAUCAGCACUUUGGGCAUCUUCGGGGCAGCUACUAAUAAGGUAAUCUGCUCGUCACCCAUCUGCUCGGCCUACAAGAAGGACAUAGUGGGGCUGGUGGAUGACAAGGUGUGCAAGAAAUGCCCCCCUCAGAGCCUGAGCAUGCUGGAGGAGGAGUGCCACAAGUACAACACCAUAGUGAUUAAAGGAGUGAGGAUCUUUGACAUCAACGUGCUGGCCCCAUUGAUGGUUGAUCCUUCCUUGGACCUGAAGGUCAUCCAUUUAGUCAGGGAUCCCAGGGCAGUAGCCAAUUCCCGAAUAAAAUCUAGGCAUGGCUUGAUCAGGGAGAGCCUGCAGGUUGUACGUAGCAGGGAUCCAAGGAUCAGGAGGGUGUCCUUCAUAGACCCUGGGCACAAACUGAACAAAAAGGAUGGUUCUGACUAUCAUGCCAUAGGUGCCAUGGAAGUGAUCUGCAGCAGCAUGGGGAAAACCCUCAGAACUGCUCUUAACCCCCCAAGCUGGCUCAAGGGUAACUACAUGGUGGUUAGGUAUGAGGAUCUAGUGGUGGAUCCCAUUAAGACGUUGAGGCAGGUCUAUAAGUUUGUAAAUCUCUCGGUUAGUCUGGAGAUAGAGAAAUUCUCUCUAAACAUGACCAGUGGUUCAGGCUACUCGUCUAAACCUUUCGUGGUGUCUGCUCGCAAUGCUACACAGGCUGUGAGUGCCUGGAGGACAUCACUCACCUUCAUGCAGGUCAAACAAGUGGAAGAGUAUUGCCAGGUGCCCAUGGAGGUCUUAGGAUACGAGACAGUGAGAAGUCAAGAAGAAGUCAAGGACCUUAGCAAGCCUCUACUUAGGAAACCUAUGUUGUGAACUGACAAUUUGAGUCUAUUGAAUACUGGCUGAAAAAUAAAAUUUCAACUGCUCUACAGAAAAA